AUCACCAUCUGCAGACCUCCUCCUCCUGACCAGAGAAGGAAGGCUUCUCCAGGGGAUGGUGGAUACCAGCAACAGCCAGCUAGUGCAAACGGGGAAAAUCUGAUUUCAAAGGCAGCCGGGGUGGAAGGAGCGCGAUGCAGAUUCUCGAGCGUGGCAGCUAUCUUGCAAGGUAUGUGAGGGCCUGGUCCUUGCCUUGCAGUGCCCACGGGACUCAUCUCAGAGGGGGAACGGGGUGGAGCCUGCAGAAAUCCUGGCCCGGGUUUUUGUCUGUGGUUUCUCUCUGCAAGAACUCAUUUACAAAGCAUUUUGUUCCAAGCUCCCAGUUGGACUGACCAAGGACUCCUGUCUCCCUUUACUGACCUGGUUACCAGCCCUGAGCCUGUCACUUCAGUGAAAAAAAAUCAAACAAAACUGAAACCGUAACAAUCUCAUAUAUUUGCAUAGAGGCUGAAAAACUUGCAGAAACCUGCAGGCACUUCCAGAAUUCUGAGCUAAAAAAGCAGAGAAUUCUUCUAUGUCCAUAUAAAGCCAAAUCUUGACUAGAUUACAGUAAAAAAUUCCCAGGCAGCAGAGCCAAAAUAUUGUAAUAACGCUUUCUUCCUGGGCCAGUAUCACAGAGACUUGGCAGCCGGCUGCUCUUCUGGCAAGGCCCAGAUGCACUGGUGCUGCUCACCGUCUGCGGCAGCGGCACCUCGCCUGGUGGAGGACAGGAGAGGCGUGAGGGGCAUGCAGCGGGAUCUGGAUGGUGCACAGCGGGAUCUGGAGGGUGCACAGUGCGACCCAGCCCAUCAAGGUGGUUCCUUCCUGGGGGUUUUCCUUCAGGAACCCCCGAUAGACUGGGAGGAGGCCAGUGGGGCGAAGUACAAUCCAAGCACCACGCUCCGACAUCCCGAAGUCUCCCCACGGUGGGAUGCCUGGGCAGGAGAGGACACCCAGCGCUGCGAGGUCGGCCUCCUCCGAGAGCGGGGCUCAGCCCCGCGGCGUCCGGCUCGGCUUGCAGCCCGGCACCGCCGGAGGAGGGAGCCGCGGGCUGCAAACCGCCGUUGUCCCGGUACGGCUCUGACGGUGGGAGAGGAUCAGCAUCAGCGCUGCGGGAGCGGAGCGGCUCCCUCCGCUCCACAUCCCGGCGCCGCUGUGCGACUCAUCCGGGAGCUUCUUCAGCCUCCCACGUAAUUCGCACAGCCACGAAGUAUAACCAGGGCGCGUUAUUAGCUGUAAUGAUUUCUGGCAGCACCUGGGAUAACUGCUUCCCGAUGGGACUGAGCCCUGCUCCAAGGAGAGCAGGCAAAUAACCACCGGAUGGGGCGGAGGUGGAAAGGGCCGGAGCAGCCCAUGCUCCCGGCGCCCCGAGCUGCUCCUGAUGCUGCUCCAGGGAGGGGGCCGACGCUCCCCCGGCCCCACGAACCGCACGUGAGCCCCCCUCGGCAGUGCUCCCUGAGGCUCUUCCAGCCCUGUGAUGCUCUCCAGCCCCUUCCAGCCCGCUGACGCUCACCUUGGGCCAGAUAGAGCAGGUCAGAGUAGACGGCCGGGUGGAUGACGGGAGAUGGGAGCUCCUGGAGGUACCACAUCAGGGCCUCCACCAGCGUCCGGGCAUUGUACCGGUCCAUGUCCACGGCAGAGGCAUCUGCAAGGAGAGACCCGUGGCGGUCCUCAGGCCACGGAGACUGCUACAGUGCUGUCCCUCUGGAGUCUCCUGGCCUUGUCUCCUCCUCCUGAUUUUGCUCCCUGCCUGUUUUUUACCCUCUCUUUUGUGGAGAAACCUUUGCUUUUCCAUUCCUUGACCCCUGGUGGGCCUUUCCCAGGAAAUUAGUGCCCGUUCCCACAGUUGAGCCCCAAUUCCCUGCAUGGGGCAGCCUAUGAGUUCACCUGCACACACCACCCAGCAAAUACUUCUGUCCUAGCUUCAGUGCAGCUGCAGAGCUCGCCUGUGUUUCCAUCCAGAGGAGGGUGGGAGGUAGCUGAGCUGCCCCCCAGGCCCUCUCCCUGCCCCUCGGGACGAGGAGCUGGACCCCAGUCUCCCCUGAGGAGGGGCUGCUUUUAAAAACACAUCGAUCAAAGCUCAUGCUUCAUCCCAGUGGAAAAUCCCACCAACCUGCCUAGACUUAAAACCCGGCCAUUGGAAAAGACGAUGCAGCACCGAGUGACACAACGCCAAGCGAUGCAACACCAAGCGAUGCUCCUUAGGUCGUCCCUGUUGGGCUGCUUUGCAGGGCUGACGGGGGGUUAUGGCACCCAGGUGAUGCACGUCACCAAAGACAGACAUCCCCAAUGACCCCGAAACACUGCGAGCGUGGCGCCGGCUGGCAAUGCUUUUGCCAGCCCCGAAACGCAGCUGUGCCCGGGGAGGUGGUGAGGAAGCUCCUGGGACAUGCAACACCACGUCUGGGAGAAACCACGUGGGAAAGGCUGAGCUCAUCCGAGGUGGAGCUCGGGACGGGGUCAGCGGUCGGAGAACAACCGUGCCAAAGGGUGGGACGCGGCCGUCCGAGCCCCGCGGCGGAGCCCGCGCGGGGACGAAGAGCCCUUUCGGCCAUCCUUCGAGGCGUUGCCUCAUGCGUUUUUCUUGGAGGUCUCUCAGCCGUGGCCGGGCCGGGCCGUGGCUGCCUGGAGGGUGACGUUCCCUUUCCCAAAGAUCUCGAGGUUUCAAAAUCUGCCUUUGAUUCGAAUUGGAUCCCAACUCAAAGGUUUUGAAAUUUUCCUCGCAGGAGAAAUGUCAGGGAAAGAAAAAGGAGAAAAUCCCAAGAUAUUUGGGACCGGUUGAAAUGGUUCGUUUGUAGAAACCGAACUUCUUGCUUCUUCUACCGGGGAAUUUUGAGGCAAAAAAGCAAAUUUUGCACUUUCUUAGAGGGGGCCCGCUCAAGCCUCGCAUGGCUGAUACGAGGUAUAAGUGAGGUGAGGAGUUUGCCACAGGCCGAACCUGCUCGCUCCUUCCUUUCCCCUAUCUCCCAGUUUUUAUCCCCAAAGCAGCUUUACUAGAACCAGUGGCAUAUGGGGAGCACUCAAUUUCCAGGAAAGUGGCUUUUUUUCCACCAGAAAAGCGCUCAAGUCCCCAACCGUUUUGACUGGCCACCCGUGACCGUGCUCCCUUCCAGGGCCUGGGAGCCCAGCGGAUGGCCUUAGACACCAAAAAUAACCAAGAAGAGCUAUUUCCUACGGAAAGGCAGGGAGAUGGGGUUGGGAAGGGGGAAUGCCAGAUGUGCAUGCACAUGCGCGUGCACGCACGUGUGCACGGGCGCCCUGCUCCCGCUGAAAUCCCCGGCACAGCCUUUCUCCGCGGAAGGAGCUCGGCCGCCUCGUGCAGACGGGAACCCCGGCGCUGCCUCUCCGCCGGGGUCAGCCCUCGCCGCCCCACGAGCUCUGCGCGCCGCGCGGGCGCGCGGGGCGCCUCCGGCGGGUCGUCCCUUCCCGAGCCCCCCCGCCCCUCAUUCCCGGCCGCGCCGGGAGCUUUCCCGGAGGAGAAAGCGGGAGGCCGGAGCGGGGCCGGGAGCCGCGGGGCUGAGUCAGGCCGGGCAGGAAAUGCCAGGACCUCUGCCGGCAGCUGCAGCUACCCGGGGGAGGCGUGCAAGGAUGGGGUUCUUCACGUUUAUCAAGGUCAUGAUGAUCCUCUUCAACCUGACCAUAUUUCUCGGUGGCGGGGCUCUCCUAGGAGUAGGAAUCUGGGUCAUAGUGGAUGGAAAGUCCUUCUUCAACAUAUUUGGGGCGCUUUCCGCUAGUGUCCUGCAAGUUGUGAACGUGAGCUACUUCCUCAUCGUCAUUGGUGCCAUCCUGCUGGUGAUUGGCUUCCUGGGGUGCUGUGGGGCCCAGAAGGAGAGCAAGUGUCUCCUGAUGAUGUUCUUCACAGUGUUGCUGAUCAUCUUCAUAGCUGAAGUUGCUGCUGCUGUGGUGGCUCUUGUCUACACUGGUGUUGCAGAAACACUGCUGACAGCCACAGUGACUCCCCUGCUGAAGGCCAAGUUUGGGAAGGAGCCAAGCCUCACACAGAUAUGGAAUGUCACCAUGAAUGAGCUCCAUUGCUGUGGCUUGAAUAACUACACAGACCUCACAGACUCCCCUUGGCUUGUGGAACACAAAACUUACCCUGUGCCCUGCUGCUCUGGAAAACAACCAUGCACUGAAGUCCUUGCUAACCAAAGUCUCGUUCCGGGUUGUUUUGAACAGCUCCUGACUGAGAUCAAGCAGAACGCAGGAGUGGUGGGUGGAGUGGCAGCUGGCAUUGCUGCGUUGGAGAUCGCAUCGAUGACGGUCGCCAUGUACCUGUACUGCCGCCUGGAUGAGAAGUGACCCCGCAGGGGAGAUCGGCCCGCCGGGACGUGCCUGCAGCGUGCGGUGCUCCCCGGGGGGCCCCGGUCGCUCCCCGGGCCUGAUGCUGUCCUGCGCACUGUGAUUUAUAGUUGUGUUUUGAUCUACUGAGCUGGGAUCUGUAGAGUUCAUAUGUAUAUUUUUGUACUGAUACGGCACAAUGCAUCUGUACAUAGAGAUUUUUUUUUUUUUUUUUUGAAGUGGAAAAAGUGGCUUCACCUGUUUGGCUGAUGCCUG